ACAUCCACUCAGCAUCAGUUCAGCUUCUCAGCUUUCUCAGUAAGCAUUCAGCUAUCCUUUCACAGUCCUUCAACAAACCAAACCAAAGUCUAGAAAUGGCCUGCAUCAAGCUGAUUGGAUCGCUCGUGCUGGUUCUGCUGAUCGUCCUGGCCAUUAGCACCACCACCGAGGCCGGAUACCGCAAGCCCCCCUUCAACGGAAGCAUCUUCGGCAAGCGCAACGGAAACUCCAUUGAAUACGAGGGAAACGCCAAGGUGCUGUCGGCCAUGUGUGAAAUUGCGGCGGAAGCUUGCCAGUCCUGGUUUGCCCAGGAACAGAAGUAAUCCAUCGGAAUCAAACAGCUGACUGAACACCCCCCAACAACCAUGUGAAAAAAAAACUUUGUAUUUGUUUGUAAUGUAGCCCUCUUAGUGUAAACCAGUGUACACAGUGUGACUGAAAGCAGUCGUGAACAAAAAAAACUAACCUUUGGAAGUGGAAUUUGUAAAUUGUUCUCUGCAGAAAAAUAAAAAAGCUACCGCAAAUUCGUCACCUCAAUAGCCCCGAGGUAAAGAUAGAAAAAAAA